AUGUUCAAAGCAAUUAUGAAAACUGUUAAAUAAGAAAAGACUAAAUCUUCACUAUCUGAAUAAUAAGAUAUUGCUUAAAUACCCAAGAUUUAAGAAAAACAGAUUAUAAUUGAAUUCAAUAGAUAAAUUUUUGAUUAUUUACCCUAUUAAAUCCCAAAUGCAAUUGAUUCAAUAUUUUAUUUUAAAGAAAUUCUCACUAAUCAAUAAUAGGAAUUUUUGAUGAAUGAAAUUUACAAUCAACCAAAAAGAUGGGUUGAUUUACCUCAUUCUUAAAGAAGAGUUCAGAAAUAUGGUGGAGAUGUUAGAGAUGAAGGUUUAAUUAAUGUAGAACCAUUUCCACAAUUUUUAUCUUAAUUAUCUGUAUUCAUUUAAUUUUAUAUAUUUAGAAUUUAUGUUUUUUAGAUGAUAAUAAUUUAAAAAUUAACCAUGCCUUAAUCAAUGAAUAUGCUCCAGGAAUAGGUAUUCAUCCUCAUUUUGAUGGUCCUCUCUAUCAUAACUUUGUUAAUAUCUUUAGUAUUAAUAGCACUUGCAUUUUUAAAUUUACUAAAUAAAAUGAAUGUUUAAAACUUCUAGUAGAACCAGGCAGUCUAAUUAUUUUUACUAAACAAGCAUAUACAGAAUGGCUGCAUGGAAUUGAUUAUUACCAUGAUGAUACAAUUCUUUUAUAAAUCUAAGAUAAUCAAAUUUGCAAUUGCGAUUUAAUUAAUUUUAAACAUACACUAUUCUAUUCAAACUUAUAAAAAGCUCAUAAUAUUAUUGACUAUUUAAAUAAUCAACCAAAUUAUGAACUUUGCUAAAUUUAAAAUCAUAAUUAAUUCACUCAUUCAUUGAUUAUUAGAAGAUUACUCAGAAUUUCAAUUACAUUAAGACAUGUACCUUAUAGCAAAUGA